CCCGCUCCCGCUCUCACUAGUCGAACGGUGCCCGACCGGUAACGUAGCGCCGACUGCCGACCGAGAGACGACCAGCGACAAUGUCCGCCGUGGCGAAGACUUCCAAGUACACCUACCGCAGCAGCGGCGGCGGCACCACCGACGUGAACAUCGAGUACAGCGCCGACCUGAGUGCUCUCUCCAGGCUGGAGGACAAGAUCCGUCUCCUCCACGAUGAUCUGGAAUCCGAAAGGGAGCUACGUCAGAGGAUCGAAAGGGAGAAGGCAGAUUUGAGCGUGCAAGUUAUCCAGCUCUCUGAGAGACUGGAAGAAGCUGAAGGCGGGGCCGAAAGUCAGUUCGAGAUCAACAGAAAGCGUGAUACAGAGUUGACCAAACUCCGUAAGCUACUAGAAGAUGUUCAUCUGGAAUCCGAGGAGACCGCGCAUUUGCUCAAGAAGAAACACCAAGAGAUCGUGGUGGAUUUCCAGGAACAGAUCGACAAGCUCAGCCACAGCAAAGCCAGAGUUGAAAAGGAGAAGUCGAAAUUCCAAGCUGAAGUGUACGAGUUGUUGGCCCAAGUGGAGAAUGUGACCAAGGAAAAGAUCACAAUCGCAAAGACUUGCGAGAGAUUCGAGGUCACAAUCAGCGAGCUUCAUAUCAAGAUUGAGGAGCUGAACCGCACAAUUGUCGACAUCACAUCGCACAAGCAGCGCCUGUCUGUCGAGAAUGUUGAGCUCGUCAAGGAAGUUCAGGAUCUCAAGGUGAGCAUUGAGAACGUUGUGUACCUUAAGAGCCAGUUGGCUGGCCAGCUUGAGGACGCUCGUCGCAGGCUCGAGGAUGAAGACAGAAGGCGCUCUAUCCUCGAAGCUAAUCUGCACCAGGUUGAAAUUGACCUGGAAUCUGUCCGCGUGCAACUGGAAGAAGAAUCAGAAGCCCGCCUGGACCUUGAACGCCAGCUCGUCAAGGCCAACGGUGAGGUCAGCCACUGGCGCUCCAAGUUCGAAGCUGAAGCUGCCGCAAGGGCUGAAGAGAUCGAGGAAAUCCGCCGCAAAUACUCUAUCCGUAUCCAAGAACAGGAGGAACAGAUUGAGACCCUCAUCGCUAAAAUCAGCAGCAUUGAGAAACAAAAGUCGCGUCUGCAGAGCGAGGUUGAAGUUCUCAUCAUUGACCUCGAAAAGGCCAACGGAACAGCUCGGGAGCUCCAGAAGAGGACAGAACAAUUGGAACGCGUCAACAUCGAGAUCAAAUCGCGACUUGAAGAGACGGUACAGCUGUAUGAACAAACCCAACGCGACCUCCGCAACAAGCAAGUCGAGAUCCAGCGCAUCUCUCACGAGCUCGACAAGACUCGCGAGCAGAAGGACGCUCUGGGCCGCGAAAACAAGAAACUGGGUGAUGACUUGUCCGACGCACGCGCCAAUCUUACGGAGUUGACCCGCCGUCUUCACGAGCUCGAGAUCGAGCUGCGCCGUCUUGAGAACGAGCGAGAGGAACUCACCGCUGCCUACAAGGAAGCCGAGGCCGGUCGUAAGGCCGAAGAACAACGCGCUCAGAGGCUGUCGGCUGAGCUUAGCCAGUUCCGCCAUGAAGCCGAGCGCCGCAUCCAUGAGAAGGAAGAAGAAAUUGAAGCUAUUCGCAAGCAGACCAGCAUUGAAAUCGAGCAGUUGAACGCUCGCGUAGUGGAAGCCGAGACCAAGCUCAAGACUGAGGUGACCCGCAUCAAGAAGAAGCUGCAGAUCCAGAUCACAGAGCUCGAACUGUCGCUCGACGUCGCCAACAAGACCAACAUCGACUUACAGAAGACCAUUAAGAAGCAGUCUCUCCAGCUCACUGAAAUCCAGGCCCACUACGACGAAGUUCAAAGGCAGUUGCAAGUGACCCUCGACCAGUUUGGCGUCGCUCAGCGCAGGAUUCAGUCUCUUACCGGCGAGGUUGAAGAGAUCCGCGGCAACUAUGAACAGGCUCUCCGCGCUAAACGCUCCGUCGAACAAUCGUUCGAGGAAGCACAGACCCGCAUCAAUGAGUUGACCGUCAUCAACGUGAACCUGUCGAGCAGCAAGGCCAAGAUUGAACAGGAGUUGUCGGCUGUGGCCGCUGACUACGAUGAAAUCACCAAGGAACUGCGUGUGUGCGACGAGAGGUUCCAGCGAGUCCAGACUGAACUGAAGCACACCGUUGAGCACUUACACGAGGAACAAGAGAGGAUCGUCAAGAUUGAAGCCAUCAAGAAGUCCCUCGAAAUUGAAGUCAAGAACAUUUCCGUCCGCUUGGAGGAAGUUGAAGCAAACGCUAUCGUCGGUGGAAAGCGCAUCAUCAGCAAACUGGAAGCUCGCAUCAAGGACAUGGAACUGGAACUAGACGAGGAGAAGAGGAGGCACGCAGAAACCAUUAAGAUCCUCCGCAAGAAGGAACGUUCCCUCAAGGAGAUCAUCAUUCAAUGCGAGGAAGACCAGAAGAACAUUGCCCUCCUCCAGGACUCCUUGGAGAAGGUCACCCAAAAGGUCAACAUCUACAAGAGGCAGUUGUCCGAACAGGAGGGAGUUUCCCAGCAGAGCGUGACACGAGUACGACGAUUCCAGCGCGAGCUCGAAGCGGCUGAAGACCGCGCCGACGUCGCCGAAAGCAAUCUCUCCCUUAUCCGCGCCAAGCACCGCACCUUCGUCACCACCUCCACGGUCCCCGGCUCCCAAGUAUAUCUCGUCCAGGAGUCCCGCGCGCUCAGCACGGAGUGAGCAUAUGCCCCUUAGCCCCGCAACACCAGCAUUUCUCUCCACCAAUCGAUAUCGGGGCGCGAGUCCGGUCGGGUAUAAACCUAGUCGUUCGUUAAGUUAUGAGAGCUUUGCCCUUUCAACCUCGACUCCUAUUUUUGACAUAAUGGCACCAAAAUUUAACUUCAAAUUUGACACUUAUUCAUUUAAGAUCUUUCAAAAUGCAUCUCAAUUUACAAUUUUAAGUGUGCUUUUAAAUGUAAUAGCGAAUAGGGGUAUGUAAAAGACAUCAUCUUUUGAUGAACAUAAUAUCCGAUGUCAGAAAAUUUGUGCUCUUGUUAAUCAAGUAUCAAGUGUCAAGUUUAUCAGAUUCUAAUAUGGAAACUGUUUGCUACAUUAUUGUUUGAACAGUGCACUUGAAAUAAAUUAUUACCUACCUUAGAAUAUAAAGAAAGAGUUAAUUUAUUGUCGAAGGUGUUGUCUUUUAUGGGUUGGAUGGUCGAAGCAUAUGAGUUACCAGAUACUAGAUGGCGCUAGUGGGCUUGCGCGUGUGUGCUGGCUUAGUGGCGCCAUCUAGGUAAAAUCAAAGUAGCGUUUGGGGACGUGCGCUCCGCUACUCGGCGUGCCCUAACGCAGCCGUGUGUCGUGUCUACACGCUCGACGCCGAUCGCCGACCGUACGUCCCCAUAACACUUUUUGUAUUGUAACGCUAAACAUAAAUAAACCAAUAAAGGAACCAAAACUUUACAAAAAGCUUUUUUUUAUUUUUAUUUUCUAUAAUAUAAUUUAUAAUUUGUAAGGUUACCGGCGUUUGCGACUACAUGUCGUGAAUUUAGGAACACUAUGUAGUUUAAAGUAAAGAACUAUUUUAUAAUACGUCUUAUUAUUUAUUAUUAUUAUUAUUAUGUAAAACGCGUAACUAAAGUACGCUUGUAACUGUAACUUAUGAUAAUAUAAAAAUAAAUGCUAUUUAUGUUACAGAGUUAAAGAAAACAAAAAACGCAAUAAAAAUUAAAAAACCACAA